AUGUCGACCGACUUCGGGUUCGAGACCGAAGGGCUUGCCGUCGCGGCUGCCUUCCCGUCCUCCAUCAAGGACCGCACGAUCCUCAUCACAGGCGUCAACAGAAAAGGCAUAGGCUACACCACGGCCGAAUCCUUCGCGUCACAAUCCCCAAAGACGCUCAUCCUGGCCGGCCGCUCUGUGGAAAAGCUGCAAGAAUGUAUCGACGAUCUCAAACGCGCCUCCCCAAACUUAACCAGUGUAGACUAUCGGCCCCUGCAAGUCGAUCUCUCGUCCCAGGCAUCCGUCCGCUCCGCCGCCCAGCAAGUCCUCUCGUGGACCGACAUCCCCACGAUCGACAUGGUCAUCAACAACGCGGGGAUAAUGAACAUCCCGACCCGCACCAUCACGCCCGACGGCCUCGAACUCACCAUGGCGACCAACCACGUCGGGCACUUCCUGCUGACGAACCUCCUCCUGCCCAAGCUCAUCGCCGCAGCCGCAGCCGCAGCCGAGGCCUCUCCCAUCCGGAUCAUCAACCUCGCAAGCAUGGGCGUGAACGUCUCGGGCGUGCGCUUCUCGGACUCUACCUACGAGAAACCGGCCUCGGAGCUAAAGUCCACGCCGGACGAGUACCCCAACAUUGCGAUGAUGCGCGCGUUCGAUUUGCCGGUGGACGACUCGACGACGUAUUUCCCCACGAUCGCCUACGGGGCGAGCAAGACCGCGGCCGUGCUGUUUAGCGUCGCGCUCAACGACAAGUUGUACGCCAAGUACGGCAUCUUGAGCUUCGCGGUCAACCCGGGCGAGAUCCGCACCGAGCUGGGCAGGAAUACAGAGCCGCAGAUGUUGGCGUCCAUGAUGGCCAAGGCCGAGGCGCUCGGCAUGAAAUGGAAGACGCAGCAGCAGGGGUGUAGUACGACUGUGAGGGCGGCGGUGGACCCUUCUCUCGACUUGCCCGCCGAGGACGGGAUGGGUGUGUUCAUGUCGGAUUGCGAACCCAAGCCGGCGCCAGGGUAUGCGACGAAGAAGGAACUGGCUAGAAAGUUAUGGGACGUUAGUGAGGCUUGGACUGGCGAGAAGUUUGAGUGGUAG